UACGACAUGCGUCUUUAACACGCCAACGUUCGGCAUUCAGGACCCAUCAGCGGCAUAGAUCUCGCGAUGAGUCUUCUAUCGAUUUAUCUAAAAUAUUUGACUCCAACACAACAAAUACGAGUACAAUUAUGGCCUCAAUUACAAGUACUAAUUUAAGUAACGCAGAAAGUCUUAGCUCUAGUCUAACGGCUUUAAAUAAAACAUCUAUGGAUGGAGGAGAUAGUGCAGAUGUUCCCCAGAAACAGCAACAGCAGAAACCAGAUUUAAGCAUCAGUGGAAAUAUAUGUUCAACCUCAAUAUCGUCAUCAACACCAACUACUACAUCUGAAGGCGGUUACAAUAGCAGUGAUAAUGUACUAUCUUCAGCUUCUACGUCUCGUAAAGCAAGUACAGCUUCGGAGUAUACAUCUUUAUCGUCGGAUUACACACCGGACAAUACAAUUACUCCGAACUCUGCAUUUUUAGCGGAAAAUGCGCGCAACACACGUUAUUUUGAACUAAAUGAGACCAUUGAUAUAACAUUAAAUACGAAUAGUAAUACUAAAGAAAAUGCUCCAAACACGACACCUACAUCAAACACCAACAAUGAAUGCACUGAUGAAAAUGCAUGUCCAAACGAUGCUAAAACUCAAAAUGAUCCUGAUGAAAAUUCAAAUAAUAAACAAGGAGCUCAACCAACAACUAAUACAACGGUUGCAAAUCCAACAGCAGCUAGGAAAAUAUCCCGGUUUUACGUUAAUCCUGUAGUAUUACCAACCUCAAGUGGAGUUUCCGUCGUAACUACUAGUGCACCAUCGACAGAGAAUGAAGUGCAACAUAAUUUGAAGUGUAGCACAACAGAGGCUGGAGGCAACAACUUUCAAAACUGCAGUAAGAGCACAUCAACAUCCCCAUCAAAAACGGAAAAUACUGAAAAUUCGGAACAAACAAUAGAAAAAGCCGCCACUAAUAACGAUGUAGUUACGCAAAAUGUUAGUGCUGUUACAAAUAAUGUAAUGAAACCUUCAGGUGGCGGAGCAAGUUCUGUUACAAAUACGAGCAGUAAUACAAACAAUUCCUUAGAACAACUUAAAAUUGAGUUAGAGAACAUAACACAUGCACAAGCAUUUGCAUCGGCUAUUGUGGCUUCUAUAAACAACGAUCAAGUCUAUCAACAACAGCAGCAACAACCACAGCAACAUACUAGUUUACAACAGAAUCAAGAAGAGAAACAGCAGUCAGUAGCUAAUACAUCAUGCCAUUCUUUGGGUCAAAGCACACCGACUGGUACCUUGAGCUCUACCAGGUCUUCUUCAACAUAUAAUUCCAGACGGACAUCGUUAGACAACAGUGUUAGUAAUGAUUUACAACAUUUAACAACCAAUCACAUAGAAAGCAGUGAAAGCAUUCAAGCUCAAUAUGCAAAUAUGGAAAAUGGUAUAACAGAAAAUACUCAAGUCUCUCAAAAACUAUCAAAACAGAAUAGUUUAGAAAAAACGGUGCAAUCAAUGUCUGCAGGUAGCGCUGAUUCAACUACAAAUAAUUCCAAUCAACGACAAGGUGGUCUUACUCAAAGUUCAAUAGCAGACCUGGAGAAGAAAUUGGCUGCCCUCAGGAAUGCUGAAAUACCAGAUGAGUCCAAAAAUCCACCAACUUCCUUAACGACUAAUAAUUCGGUUUCCUCAAAUACUCAAAAUCAAGUUGGAGAUGAGCAUCAACGUGGAGUACGUAAAAUUUCACGAUUUUGUGUCAGCCGUGUUCAGGAACAAAAAUCUAACGAAAAUAAAAAGUCAACAUCUGGUGUAUCAACACCUCCAUCUGCUACUCCUCCUACUAUAGAUUUACAAGCUGUAAAUAGUGCCAAUUCUAAUGAUGUAAGUAGUCUAAUAAAUACGCCCACGGAGCAGUUACCUACUCCUCUAGGUGGUCCACAACAAACAUUUCAACAAGAGCCUAACCCAGCUGCUGUUGCUGCUAUUGUGGUCCCAUUAACAACACAAAUACAGCCAUCAGUAUUAAAUUUGCAACAACAAACACAACCAGCAGUCAUAUACAAUCCUAGUAAUAAUUCAACAGUUCAAAUUCCUCAACAACAGCAACCACUUGUGCAACAGCAAAUCCAAUCAACAACAGUUUUACAACAAAAAAUUCCAAAUGCAGGGGCGCCAAUUUUAAUACCAAAUUUACAUUUGCAACAACCAAAUUUGCAACAUCCAUUAGCCCAAAAACCUACCACAUCACCAAAUCAACCAAAAACCGCAGUUUCGGUUGCUGCUGAGACGACAAAACAGAAUGUACAUCAACCUCAACAUACUCCCUCCUUGACAACUCAACAACAAGUAUCUACUUCUCAACAAACAAACAUGCAGUCACUCCCGAAAAGUUUGGCUCAAUCACAAAUUCCGUCAACUCAACCACUUCCAGUUUUUCGUUCGUUACUCACACCGACAUUGCCACAAAAUUCCGCAUCCUAUAUUAUUCAGCCGGCUUCACAACAGCAUAUAGUAAAUCCAGUUCAUUCACAACAAUCCCAAAUUCAAAGCGCUAAUCAGCAGUCAGUUUAUAUACACAGUGAUGGAGUUGAAAGUGCUAUGCGUAUGCAGAUGCCUCAAGAAGAACCUGUAUCUCUAGCAGCUACUCAUCCAAAUUUGCUUCCAACAGUUAUACAAUCAGAUAUAAAACAUAACCUGGAUUCAUUGGUAAACCAGUUGUGCAAUUUACGAUUAGGAACAAAUCAGCAUCAACGAUUGUUACUUUUAAGGCAACGUCAGUUAAUUGAAGAAGAUGAAUUGCGUUUGAAGCAUUACGUCGAAUAUGAGAAAUUUCAAAAGGCCAUGCGUCAAUCUAAUGACGUACCAACCCAACAGCCUCUGUUGUAUAUACAACCAUCAGGUGCAGGUCAACAAGGUUUUAUAAAUUUUGCUGGUAGCUUUAUACCUAAUACCGCACAAUCGUCUCAUACUCAGCAACAAAUCGUCAAUACGAAUUCUCAAACAGCUGCAAUGUCAGCCGCAGCGCAAGGUUAUACUGUCAUGUUUAAUCCGCAAUUAACCAUGUCAACACAAGCACAGAACACCGCUACAUUGCAGCAACAUAUAAGCUCGCCUUACAUAUUAACAAGUCAAAAUAUACAACAGCAACUACAGAUUCCUGCUAAACAAUUUCACCCAUCUUCAGUUAUACAACAAAAUUCGGCAGAUACUACACAUAACCAUCCGUUAGUUAGCCACACUACAUCUGGAGCCACAGAAGUUAAUUUCACAGCAGCUACCAGUGAAUUAUCAAUCACAGUGAUUAAAUUACAGUCGUGAAAGUAUCGCUCAUCU